AUGAGCAGGUCGGCGGCGGCGGCGGCGCUUCUGCUCUGCCUGCUGGGCUGCAACGUGUGGAAGGCGGUGACCAAAACCUUAGGAGCGCCCGAUGCGGCUCAAGAAGUGACUCUGAAGGUCCACGUAAGCGAUGCCAGCACACAUCAGCCUGUCACCGAAGCCUUUAUCGAGAUUUUUACGAACCAGAUCCCCAUCGCUUCUGGGACCUCAGGAGCAGAUGGCACUGCCUUCAUCAAGUUUCAGUAUAAGCUGGGCAGUCACCUGAUCGUUACUGCGACUAAGCAUGCCUAUGUGCCAAACUCUGCACCCUGGAAACCGAUAAGAUUGCCUGUGUUUUCUUCUCUGAGCCUUGGCCUUCUCCCUGAACGUUCAGCUACUCUAAUGGUGUAUGAAGAUGUUGUACAGAUAGUCUCAGGAUUUCAAGGUGCACGGAUUCAGCCCAAAGUUCAUUUUCAAAGGAGAGCCUUGAAGCUGCCAGAGAAUACCAGCUAUAGUGACCUCACAGCAUUUCUUACUUCAGCUAGUUCACCUUGGGAGGUGGAUAGUUUCCCUUAUUUGCAAGGAUAUGAUGGCAAUGGAACUGGAAAUAACACUAGGUAUGAUCUUACUCCUGUCACUGCAGUUAGUGUUCACUUACUCAAAAGCGAUGGGACUCCGGUUCCAGUGAAUGGACCCAUCUAUGUAACAGUGCCUCUCCCGACAACCAGCAACCUGAAGCACAAUACUCAUGUGCCCGCCUGGAGGUUUGACCAAAAAUUUGGGACCUGGUUGAAAAGCAGUUUAGGUGUCAUAGAACAAGAAGGACAUGAGAUGACCUGGACAUACAUUGCUCCACAGCUGGGCUACUGGGUUGCUGCCAUGUCACCCACAAAUCCAGGUCCCGUUGUAACCCAAGACAUUGCCACAUACCACACGGUGUUCCUUUUGGCGAUUCUAGGAGGAAUGUCUCUAAUAUUUCUUGUAUUGCUGGGCCUUCUUUUGUACUAUUGCAGAAGAAAGUGUUUGAAACCACGUCACAAGAAAUUGCAGCUGUCCUCGACACUGAGCGGCUCCAAAAAGGAUCAAUCCACCUCAAUGUCUCACCUCAACUUAAUAUUUUCACGCCGUGAGUCAGAAUUUCCUGGUGGGCUAUCCGUUGCUAGCAACAGACACGCAGAAUCCUCAGGUCACAAGGAGAUGAUUGGGGCUGUCCACAUGGAGAAAGUGUGUUUGGGUGGAGAAGCAGAUAUGCACACUCCCAUGCUCAGACAUACAUACAGCACCUCACAGGAAUUUAGUUCCCGAGAAGAAUUGCUUUCCCACAAGGAGAAGGACCAGAGCCGGAUAUCUUUGGAAAACAUGGCGCCCAGUGAAACUUUGCGAAAAGAUUACCUUAAAUCGGUGGAUAAUUUUCCUAUAAACCCAAGAAAAUCUAUGGAAACAUUGGAAGGCUAUGACUCUCCUGACAAGGAAGAUCAUAGGAGGAGUUACAAUGCGAUGUUGGCUCGGCCUUUAUUUGAAAAGCAAGAGCAAGCAUCCAUGAACCAUAUUUCUACAGGAAGUAAAUACAAUAUUCAGGAACAACUCUAUCCCAUCCCUUCCACACCUGAAACAGAACUGCUAGACUGCAGACCCACUGAAUGUAUGAUGUCUCGCUCUGUUGACCAUCUCGAAAGACCCACCUCUUUCCCUCGGCCAGGUCAGCUGGUCUGCUGCAAUUCUGUCGAUCAGGUUAAUGACAGUGUUUACAGAAAAGUAUUGCCUACGUUAGUCAUUCCAGGUCAUUACAUGAAGCUUCCUGGGGAACAUCCUUAUGUUAGCCAGCCUUUGGUUGUUCCUACCGAUCAACAAAUCGAUAUCGAAAGACUCCAAGCAGAGCUGUCAAGCCCUCAUUCCCAGCUUUUCCCACAUUCCCAGCAACAGAUGCAGCCUCAGCAGUUGGCUGCUCAAGCAAUAUCUCAACAACAUUUGCAAGAAGCUGGUGCUAGUGAAUGGAGCCCACAACACGUUUCUAUGUCUGAAUCGGUAUCCAUUCCAGCAUCACUCAAUGAUGCCUCCCUGGCACAAAUGAAUAGCGAAGUGCAGCUUCUUACGGAGAAAGCGCUAAUGGAGUUGGGUGGAGGUAAGCCUUUGCCUCAUCCUCGGGCAUGGUUUGUUUCUCUAGAUGGGCGUUCAAAUGCUCAUGUGAGACAUUCAUACAUUGAUCUUCAAAGAGCUGGAAGGAACGGAAGUAAUGAUGCCAGUUUGGAUUCUGGUGUUGACAUGAAUGAGCCCAAAUCCGCCCGAAAGGGAAGAGGGGACCAUUUAUCUCUGCAACAAACCCAUCAGCAAGCGCAGGUACAUCCACAAAAAGAGCAGAAAGCUCCAGAUAGCACAGCUUACACUCAGCUUGUAUAUUUGGAGGAUAUGGACCAAAGUGGCAGUGAAUGUGGAACUGCAGUUUGCAGCCCAGAAGACAGUACUCUGAGAUGCCUGUUGGAAGGGGGAGGCAGAAGAACAGCCGGCCAGUUGCCUAGUCUGCAGGAGGAAACGAUAAAAAGAACUGUAGAAAGUUCACCUGAGCCUUUAACAAGUCCAGAACAUGGAACAACGAUCCACAACGAAGCUGAAGAAGAGGAGGAUGGCGAUGACGAUGAUGACCAAGGGGAAGAUAAAAAAAGUCCUUGGCAAAAGCGAGAGGAAAGGCCCCUCAUGGCUUUCAAUCUAAAGUGAGCUACAACGGAUUUAUCUUUUUCCAAUGGAAUAUAAAAUUGCCAAAUAUAUUUUCAGUGGAUGUUCUCAGUUUGUCCACAGAUAGGGAGAAAGGGGUUGGAAAUAACCCUUGGGAGGACAACAGAGAAAGUACACGCAAGGAAUUACUGUGCAAAUUCAAAUCGUUGCUCUCAAAAAUCAAUAUGAUUUCCCACAGGAGAGCUUAAAGGAGUGCGACUUUGAUUCCAUUUACUUGACAUCAGCCACCAAGGGCGUUCGGACAUAUUGGCAUGUGGUAUGGCAGAUUGUGACCUCAGAUUUCCCUGGAAAGGGAUCUAUGUGAAACAAUGUUACUUUUGCUUAAUUCAAUUGUAUCAUGAUGAUGCUACUGAAAGGGUAUACUUAAUUAGAAUUCAACACUUGACGUCUACAGAUAUGCAUUAUCUCAAAGGAAGGCUAUGCAUUGCUGCUUUUUAGUAAUCUUUGUUUAAACUAUACUUUUCUUACUUAUUUACAAAGUAGUUGUAAAACAUUGUAUGUCUUGUAGUCUGCACAGCAACUGAGUUAUCUAUAUGAAGCCUGAAUGGCAUUCCGUGGAAUUUGAAGAGCCUUUUUAUGAAACCAAACUGAAUUUUAAGUCAGCUGCAGUUCCUCCAGUUCCAGUCCCCACUCCAAGUGCCUUUUUUACAGGAAUAAUGAACAGACCCCCUUUUUGCUAGCGCCUUGAAUAUUCAGAUUUUUAAAACAUUUCUGAAGCUGUACCUUUAAACUGCAUGCCAUCAACUGUCUGUGCUGAAUGACUCGCCAUUUCACUUCGGUGUAUUCUCUAGUUACAGUGUGUCCUGUGGAUUCUGUUUAGCAAAGAUAGACUAGAGGACAUCUUUGAACAGCCCCAAAGUAGCCAAGAAGAUAGUCUCACAAAUUGUAUAUAUAUGGUGUACAUAGGCUCAAGGAAACAUGGACCAUGGACCAAGCAAGUGGACUGAAUGUGUUUUAGAAAUGUUGGGCAAAAUGAUUAUGUACUAUCCAAAAGUGCCAGAUACACUUCUGUGCUUUCUCUCUCUAAAGCUGCUUGGUUAUCCAAAAAUUAUAAUUGAAAAAUAAACUUUUUAAAAAUUGAGGAUUUUUAAUACC